GCGCAGGGCUGGAGGCUGGGGUCCGCCUCCCUCCCCCGCUAGCUUUCUGCUAUCUGAUCGUCGCCCAGCUCUUCGUAGACUCUGGCUCGCGACGUGCUCGGGGCUGGGGGAGCCCAGAGGAGGCUCCCCGCGGCUGAGCGUCGUGCCCGGGAGCGGGGAGCCCCGCUGACGUCUCCCCAAGCCCCGAGGAUUACUAGGUGCAAGCUUUGGGGAAGUAGCCGGAGAAGAGACCAGCCAGGAACCCGUAGAUGUGUAGUCAGCCCCACUUGGUGCACAGAAGCUUAGUCCUUCAUGGAGACCAGCUCCCAGCCAGAAUGGCCAUGGAGGAGAUCGGCUUCCAGAUGGUGGCCUCACAGGAGGCAGGGGCAGGAUGUGGACUGCAGAGAGAGCACCUGGUAGGAAGUCUCAGCCUCCAUCUCUCCUCCCAGGCAGGGCAGCAUGGCAAGAGUGCGGAGGAAGAAGCUCUGGGCAUCCUUCCUGUGUAUCACAGUAGCCUCGUUCCUCCUCAUUACAUUCCAGGUGGUCAGUGAGCUUGGCAGAUUUGAAAGGCUGAAGACAGAAAACUCCAAUCUGAAAGAUGGGCAGCAAAAGCCUGAAGAAGCCACCAAGCACCUCCAUCCCUUUCUUAAGAAGGGACUGUACCAGAAUAAAAGAAAGGUAGCCAAAGCGGACACCUAUCCCAUCAUGCUCUGGUGGUCCCCACUGACUGGGGAGACAGGGAGGUUAGGCCAUUGUGGAGCGGACACUUGUUUUUUCACCAUCAACCGGAGCUACCAGCAUCACCAGCUGACCAAAGCAUUCCUGUUCUAUGGUACUGACUUUAGCAUAGACAGCUUGCCUCUGCCUCGGAAGGUCCAUCAUGACUGGGCCCUCUUUCAUGAAGAGUCUCCUAAGAAUAACUACAAGCUCUUCCACGAGCCCGUCAUCACCUUGUUUAACCACACGGCUACCUUCAGCCGCCAUUCCCAUUUGCCAUUAACCACCCAGUACCUGGAAGGUAUAGAGGCCCUGAAGUCACUUAGGUACAUGGUUCCUUUGCACACCAAAAACAGCCUGAGACAGCGCCUGGCCCCACUGGUGUACGUGCAGUCGGACUGCAACCCACCCUCGGACCGGGACAGCUACGUGCGGGAGCUGAUGAGUCACAUACAAGUGGACUCUUACGGUGAGUGUCUUCGAAAUCGAGAUCUCCCUCCGCAGCUGAAAAACCCAGCUUCCAUGGAUGACGAUGCCUUCUACCGGAUCCUCGCACAGUACAAGUUCAUCCUUGCCUUUGAGAAUGCAGUCUGUGAUGACUACAUCACCGAGAAGUUUUGGCGACCUCUGAAACUGGGCGUGGUCCCUGUGUACUAUGGUUCGCCCAGCAUCUCCGACUGGCUUCCCAGCAACAAAAGUGCCAUUCUGGUAGCCAGGUUUUCUCAUCCUCGGGAGCUGGCAGGCUUCAUCAAGCAGCUGGAUAACAAUGACAAAGAAUACGAGGCCUACAUAGCAUGGAAACUGAAGGGCGAGAUUUCCAACCACCAGCUUCUCACAGUCUUGAAGGAACGCAGGUGGGGUGUGCAGGACAUCACCCAGGACAACUACAUUGAUGCCUUUGAGUGCAUGGUGUGUAACAAGGUGUGGGAAAACAUCCGGCUGCAGGAGAAGGGCUUCCUCCCUAGGAAGUGGAAUGCAGAUGCCACACACCUGAGCUGCCCCAAGCCCCAGGCUUUUGCCUUCCCGAUCCCAGCUCUACAGUGGACCUCUCUGCGGGAGAUGUGGAUCCCGAGCUUUGAGCAGUCCAAGAAGGAAGCCCGAGCCCUGCGGCAGUUGGUGGAGAGGAAUCAGAAUUUCACUGCGCAAGAGUUUUGGACUCUGGUAUUCAAAGACUGACUUCAGAAAGGCCUUAGGAUCCUCAAUUUAGAGCUACUGCCCAGACAUGAGCCCCAGAAUUGAUGGUGUUUGCCUCAUGGGUGUGGAAUGCUCCUCUCUAGGUUGCCUUAAUAACACUGUAAGUCAAUCGUGACAAGAAAGCUGUGUGUUGACUUAUCCUCUAGGAUAGGAAUUAAUUGGUGCAGUACUUACAAUGAGCCCUAUUGGAUAAUUCCCAUGAAGUCCUCUUAGAGGUCACCCUUAUAUUUUUAUAUUUAAAAAGUAUUUCUUGUAGGCACUAAUUUUAUCCACUUUAAAUGGCUAGAUUAAAAUUCCUGCUGCCUUUAUAUUAGAUCCAUGUCAGUGGGCAGUGCCCAGUUCAGUGCCUGGGACAGAUGGCAGGUGGAAAUGUUUUGCACAUUCUGUGUUAGUUGUUCUUGCCCUCAGAAAGACCAUUUCAUGAACGCUGGGGAGCCGUCUUUUUGUAAGCCAGGCAUGACAGAGAAAGGCAUGAGAGCGUGGUCCUGGGAAGUCCCUGCUCUGGUGUCCGGGGAGCUGUGCAAAGUGUGCUCAUGAUCUGUCUUCAAGAAAUCUUCAAGCUCUGUGUAAAUGGGAGGGAUUUGUAUCACUGGCUCCAUUGUAAACCUGAGUGUCUGCACAAGCUGGCAUGACAGAGAGAGCACCGGACCUGGAAUCAGGAAAUCCUGCGUUCAAAUCCUGCUUCCAAAACUUUUAGCUCUAGACCUUUAGCAGCUUCUCUAAGCUUCCAAAAUUGGGGAUAAUCAUGCCUAUCUCAUAGGGUUGUUGUGAGGGUCAGAUAAUCUUGUGUAUGUUAGCUUUAAAAUGUUACAGGAAUGUUUGCUAUUAUUAGACUCUGCCUCGUCCCCCAAAAAGCAUCCAUGUGCUCUUGGUAAAGCCUUCUGGGUUUCCUGGCCCCAGAAUAUCCAAGGAUUUACAGCCGAGAGAGACAUGGAGGCCACUGACUCCCUGGAGGAGGGGACAACGGAUGGGGAGUUAGCUUGGGUCCUGGAUUUGUCGUUCAGUGCUUGUGUGGUCUUGGACAGGUCUCCUUUCCUCUCAGGAAGUAGACGCUGGUCUUGGUUUUCUUCUCUUUAAAAUGAUGGGUUUGGACGAGGUGACCUCUGAGUCCCUUCCACAUCUGAAUCCAUGAUCCUUCAAGACCCAGAGUGGGGUAGGGCUAGCGUGUCACGGGCCAAAGGAGCCCCUUGCCCCUGGCUCACCCCGGCAUCCCCGCCAAGAUCUGUACCCAGAUCCUUCAGCCCCAGUGCCACUGGUGCUUUCCACAGCAUGACUUUCCCGUAGCUAGACAUGGGUUAGUGGGAAAGCUUAGACUAGAAUCCAUCUCCUGCCUUAAUCCACGGUCCUCUCUAUGUCUUCAUUUGCCCACCUCAGGAAGCCAGAAAGAAAAAGAAAAAGAAUCUCUAUUCAAAAGAGCCUGACGUUCUAAGGGGGGGGAGGGACACACAAAAAGUACAUUUUAGAAAACACAAAAUACUUAGCAAGUGAAUAGUCAUAAUUACUAACUAUAAGGCAAUUGGUGCGGGGAGGCUCUAGCACAUGGGGAAUCAGGAGGGACUUCAUGUAGAAGAUGAUGCUUAAGACACAUCCUGAAGGAAGACCAUGGAAGGAAGGAGGUAGUGCAUUCCAGGCAGGGGGCACAGCCAGCACAAAUGCAUGGAGAUGGUAGAUGAAACACAGCACAUGAGAGGAAGAGAGAAGGCUGCCUCAUAGGGAGAGUAAUUUCCAAUGAAGCUGGAAAGAUUGGGGCCAGGUAGAAGUCUUCAAAAGUUAAACAGGAGUUUUGUAUUCUAUCCUAGAGGCCACUGGAAUAUUUGAUCAAGUGAGGCCAUCACAUGGUCAAGAUCUGCAUAUAAAGAAAAUUUCCCUCUCUCAGAAGAGGCUUGGACGGGUAUGGCUUUGUGCUCAGCUGAAAAAGCAUUCUCCUCUUCUCUCCCUUUGUCACACAUGAGGAGCUGACUGUUAGCCCCUCCUUCUUACAUAUGAGAAUGGAGCUUAAGAGACGAGUUUCUUUAGGAGGGAAAAGCACCUGGAUGAGGUCCUGGACCCAGCUCUGCCCUUUACUAGGCAUGGGAUCACAGACAAGGUUCUGACCUUUUCUGGGCCACAAUUUCUUAAGUAAUAAAAGUAUUGGUCAAGAUGAUUUUCGAGGUGGUUUCCAGGUCUACAAUUUCUUUUACAACAUUGAUAGCUAGCGUUUAUGUAGCACUUUAAGGUUUGUGAAGUUCCCCACGUCUGUGGAAUGAAGUUUUAAAACCUGGCUGAAUAAAUUCCUAGUUCUGAACCUCAAAUAUGAUCGGUUUCAAAGAGGCAUCGUGGAAUAGUGGGCAGAGAGCUGGGUGUGGCAUCCAGAGACCUGAAGUUUUUAGCUGUUGCCUGUGGGUACAUCCCUGCCCAUGCUAAGCCUUAGUUACUUCAUCUGUAAGAUGGGGUUUAGUAAUAGGGUAGUGGCAAUCCCCACCAUAGACUUGUGCGCAGUGCCUUUUGUAAGUCACAGAAUGCUGUAGGUGUGGGAAUUGUGGAGGGAUCAAACUUAAAUGCCACAAAGUAGCCCCACUCCUCCCCUCGCCAAGUUCACUUCUGAGUGCAGCAUGGACAAAGAAAAGGGUUCAUCCCUUACUUAUCAGACUUGUCAUCUUUGCUCUAGGGGUCAAUCCAUGGCUGAUGUGGGUCCUGGUGGCUCAUCCAGCCUGUGCUGGUGGAUGCAGACCCUGGUGUGGACUCCAGAGUUCCAGGACCUCUGGUGGCUCUCCCUACCUUCCAUAGUUCGAAAGAUCUUCUAUCCUUGCCCAUCUGGUCUUCAGUAUUCCCUCUAGCUGAGGCAGGAAAGAACAAGAAGCAUCAGGAAGGCCAUUGUUUGGGGCUUUCUGUUGACCUGAAUCAGGAGAGGAGGCCGCUGGUGUUGCCACUGCCUCUCAGCAGUAGCAGGAUCAAACACUCCUAGCUUCAUGCCUGCACAAGGUGAGGAAGAACCCAAGGUCCUGGAGGCCUACAGAAGCUCAUCUCAUAGCUGGAUACCAGUGAAGUAAAAAAGGUGUUGACCUUUUGUGUGCAGCUCAGGAAGCAGAGUCUUCCUUGGAGGGCAGCCAAAAGUUGCCAAUAGAGUGUACAGAUAUAAUGUGUGCCAAGUUCUCUUCAUACCCACUACUAGGGAGCAUACCCAGCAAUGUGGUUGGGGCUGUGCCAGUCCAGGCUGCUCUACUGUGUGCCUGUAGUUAUGUAUUACUGAGGGAGAGAAGUUCUUCAUCCUGCCACCCCAAACCUCACUAGGGUGUCUGGAGGGCUCUAGGUGGGGCAAAGCAGGACUUCCCUCCCCCUUCACCAUCUCAAAGUCCACCCCCCAUUCCUCAUCCUUCCCCUUUUACCUUUCCUGACAUGGUUCAUCCAUCCCCACCUCUUAUGGAGGAAACCCAAGAAUCCCUCUCCACUCUUAACUCCAUCCCCAUCUUUCUUUACCAGUGUUGGUGGGGCAGACACCUUGAUGCAUCCCCAAGGGUUCCUGGGCCUUGUAGCUCUAAUUUUCUCUCUAUAUUAUCUUCUUCAAUUAGAAUGUGAGCUCCUUGAGGGCAAGGAUUGUCUCUUUUCUGUUUGUCUUCAGCACUUGGCACGGCUUACCUUACAUAAGUGCUUAAUAAAUGUUUUUUCAUUCAUUCACCUUU